AUGGACUUUGAAGAAUUCGAAGAUCUCAUUUAGAGGAAAGAAGAUAAUGUUAUUCAUUUAAAAUUUAUUGAUAAAGAUGAAGAUAAAGAAGUCAAAGAAUAUGAGUAGAAAAAAUAAAAAGUCUUUAAUUUUGAUUCUUCUGAAAUAUCGAUUGAUGAUGAAUAGGGUAAAAAUGAUAUCUUAAAAAAAGUAUUAAGAGGAGAUUUAUUUCAUAAUCAGGCUCAUGAAGAAGUCGAAAACGGUGAAAAUCUAGACACUACUAUCCAAGAUGAUAAUAAGUCUACUAAUGCUAUAAAAAAAAGACCAAAUAUAGAGGGUAGCUAAGACAUAUUUUCUGAAUUAAAUGGUGAUAAUUCUCCAUUAAACGAAAUGAGAAUAAGUAGAAAAAAUAUUGGAACAUUUCAAGAUGAGUUUGAUAAGUAGUAAAUCAAGUAAAUCAUUUAGGAAAUGAACAACCCCUAAGAAAGAUUAAAAAUGUGUCUCAUAGAUGUAAAAUAGUAAACUGCAGAAGAGCUAUUAAAAGAAAUAAAUGAAGCAGUACACCAAGCUAAUCCUCACAUUAAGAAAAUUACGCAUCAUCAAAGGCGAGGAAGGAUGUAGACAGUCAUUGGUAUUCCAAAUUAAGUCUAAAUGCUCAUAAGUUAGCAAGAAUAGAUGAAAUUAGAAUAGAAUUUAGAAAAGUUAGUACAGAAUAGAAGUAUACGAUAAACAAGUAAUCAUAGUACCAGUAAUAAUAUAACUUCGUAAAGCUCAAUGCAUACUCUUGUAAUUCCUAGUGAUAAGGAUAAAUUAUGUAGCGGUGAAAGAGGAGCAAAUAACCCUUAAAAUCAAAAUAUCACUUCAUAAAUUAAAGUUUAGACUUAAGUUUUCAAUAAUAAGGCUAUGGUAAGCUCUCAAGAUGAAAUAGAUUCAAAAGGUAUAACUGCUGCUUUCUAGUAGUAAUAGUAAAAUUUAAAUUAAGAUUUGACUAAUUCACAACUGCUCGCAUCAAAGUUAAUUAAAAGUGAACCAUUAAAUCUUCACAAUAAAGCUAAGAAGAGUGAGGAAUUCAAUAUGUUUACUUCUAUUAAAAGUGAAAAAAUAAAUGACAGCUAAGUUAUUCACAGCCGUUUUUAAACAAAUUUAGAAAUUGCUAUCCAGAAUAUCAACAACGAGGACUUAUCUUAAUAAAAAAACAAUCAAAAAGUAAGUAAUAGAUUAGCAUCUUUACUGUAUUAGAGAGCUAAGGAUAAUGAAGAGGAAGAUGUUUAGAAUUCUGCUUAGUUUCCUAAUAUUCAUGGUUAGUUUAAUAGAUUAAGCAAUUAGUUCUACAAUACACCUUUCAUAGGUUAAAAAAACGAUUUUAAUAGUAUGACUUUACAAAACUUACAAAUUUACGAUGAGGAUAACAUUGAAUAAAAAAAAUUUUUGACUGUUUAAAAUAGCGAAAACCAUCUUUUAUCCCCUGUUGAGUAAUAAGGUAAAAGACUUGACAUAUUAAAUAUAAUGAAUAACUUAAAUAAUAAUUAAACUAAGGACAAAAAAAUUACAGAAAAGCAAAUAAGUAAUGCGAUAUCUAGUUUAUAAGAUAUUUAAAGUGGAGAUUUGUAGAAUGAUAAUACUUAAGGAAAUAAAAAUAAUCAUGAUCAAACGUCAUAAAUUUAAAGUGUUAUUUUAAAAAACUAAUAAAAUUCAACUAAUGUUAUCACUUAAAAUACUGAAAUUAAAGAUUAAUAAUAGAAUAACAAUCCUUGUGAACAUAAUUCUGUUGAUCAAAAUAAAGAUCAAAGCAUAUAAACUUCUUAGGAGUAAUCUCUAAAAGAAUCUAAAUAAUCUUCAGUUUUGCCUGAAAGUUCUAAAAAUAACUAAAACCAAGGAACUUAAGUCCAAUUUGAAACUUCUAACUUAAAUGAUAUAGAUAUGAAAAUGCUGACUACCAAAUUAAGACAGCAUAGAAGCAAUACAGUGUUUUAUGAUCAAGAAAAGUAUUUACUAUAAAUGAAAAAAAUAGGAGAAAUGAAUCCUAAUCAUAAUCAUAUAGUCACUGAUGAAAAACCACAAGAAGGAUGUGUUGCAUGUGAACUCCACCAACUUAUGAAAUAACACACCAACAACAAUCCAAAAGAGAAGCCUAACGACUAACAAGAUGUGGUGGAAACAAAAAAUUUAUUUAAAGAAUUACCUUUACACGUUAUUGAAUCUAGAUUUUUCUUAAAACAAAUUUCUCUACUUAAACAAAACACAGAAGAUGGAGAUAAUACAGAUAAACCAUUUGUUAUGGGAAAUAGAAAUAGCCCUGAUUUAAAACCUUUAAGAGUUUAUUUCUUUGGUAGAGAAGAUACCUACAUUGAUUGCUUAAUUAAUUAUGAAAAGACAACAGUUCUCUAAUUUGUAAAAUUUGCUCUUUUAAGCUACAAGAAGAAAACCAGUCUAAAUUAAAGUUUACUAAAGUACCCCUAUUAGCCUUCAAGGUAUAAAAUUUUUCCUAAUCAGGGAUCAAGACCUUCCGAAGUUUACAAGCCUCAGAUGGAGUCUUGUGAACAAGGUGAUAACAUGACAAUGCUCGAUGCUACAGAAGAAUCUUAGGAGAAUGCUUGUUGUUUGGUUGAAGUUGAGGAUAUUAAUGAAACAGAAAAUGAUCACGAUUAUGAAUUGAAAGAAUUUUAGUAAGUUUAUGCUAAAGCAGGUCAAUUAGUAUUUAAGGUAGAAUGUAAAGAGAAAGAAUACUCAACAUUUAUUAGAGUUGAUAAAGAUAAAAAUGUUGAAGAUGUUUUUGAAGAUUUAAUCAAAAGAAAAAAAAUAGAUAUUGAUAGAAAGAAUUAUAUUAUUCAAGCUAAGAUUUUUGGAGUAGAAAAUGAUGUAGAACUUGAUUUAAAAAUGCCUUUGAAGAUUAUUAAUGAUACUUGCUUAAAGAUUAUCAGAAGAGAAUAUGAAGAUAGAUAGGGUGGUUCUAUGGAUGACGAUAACAAGUAAGCUAUAAAUACUCAAAAUGAUCUUGUUAACUAAUAUACAAAUAACUAAGAGGAUUCAAUUAACCUCGACGAGGAUUUAGAUGAUGAAGAAGAUGAAGACGAUCCUGAUUUAAUCAGCUAGAGUCCAACAAAAAUGUUAGCUAAAAAGUAGGCAAAAUAAGUAUAGCUUUAUAAAGAUUAAAUUAAUUAAGACCCAAUCAUCAUGACUAAAUAUGAAGAAUUUGAAGUAACAAAAGUUACUUACGUUAGUAACAAAGUCUCUAAGUUGUCAAAGCGUAUUAUAGGCAUAGAUGAAAAUUUUAUUUAUAAUAGAAAGGUUUAACCGAAAUUAUUUUCUGUUAGAGGUCUCCUUUGUUUUCUUUUCCCAUCUUCUCCCUAUGAUACUAAGUGCCCUAAAAAGAGGAUAGAUGAUAUAAAGUAUAUGUUUAUAAUUGAAGGUGGUAAUUUACUUAUUCAAUUUACAGAAAAAGACAUGGUUAAACAGUGGCUUCUUUACAAUCCAGAUCUAUCUGUAUCACAAAGAAUGUUUUAAAAAUUAACCUAUCUAAAAAAAUCUGUAGAAGUUAGAGUUCCUUGA